GCCUGGAUAACGGUUCGUACGCUCGCGGAGCUCUCUGCCGCAAAAGUUAUACGUGUGGAAGAUACUGCGGAUAAAUCCCCAUGAAAUUCGUUUAAAAUUUUGACUGUGUUAGUGUGAAUAUCAUUGAGAGACAUGGCCCAGCGUGUGGCUGUGAACGACGCAGCUACAGGAGGCGCAUCAAGACGAGUGUCUCGGGUGCGGGUGGCCGUGCGACUGCGGCCCUACAUGGAGGCGCACGAUGACAAGGCUGAGGGGCCGUGCGUCCGGGGCCUGGGACCGCAGAGCCUGGAGAUCACCAAUUGGAGGAACGCCAUGGAGACCCUGCAUUACCAGUUUGAUGUGUUUUACGGAGAGCAGACGAGUCAGCAGGAGGUAUUCCUUUCCUCUGUGAAGCCCGUCCUCCCUCAUCUGCUAAAUGGACAGAACGCUAGCAUAUUUGCUUAUGGGCCCACCGGAGCAGGGAAGACGCACACAAUGCUGGGCAGCUCAGAGCAGCCAGGGGUCAUUCCCCGGGCUGUGAGAGAGGUGUUCCAUCUGGUGAGAGAGCGAGAGGAGGAGUCACAAGACUGGGAGUACAGUGUAGGAAUGUCCUACCUGGAGAUCUACAAUGAGAAGGUGCUGGACCUACUGUCACCUGGCUCGCAGGACCUGCCCAUCCGAGAGGACAAGGACAGGAACAUCUUCAUUCCGGGUCUGACCCACACCCCACUGACAUCCUUCUCCCACUUCCACACGGUGUUCCUCCCAGCCAGCCUGAACCGCACUACAGCCUCCACCAAGCUCAACCAGAGGUCGAGCCGCAGUCACGCCAUCCUGCUCAUCAAGGUGGUGAGGUCCCAGCAAAGUCCUCCUCAUCGACAGCAGACAGGCAAGCUGUACCUGGUGGACCUAGCUGGCUCAGAGGACAACCGGCGUACUGGCAACCAGGGCCUGCGUUUGAAAGAGAGUGGAGCCAUCAACCUGUCGCUCUUCACACUGAGCAAGGUGGUGGACGCACUGAAUGCUGGCGGGGGUUGCCGUGUCCCCUACCGGGACAGCAAGCUCACUCGCCUGCUGCAGGACUCCCUGGGGGGCUCCGCCCACUCUGUCAUGAUCACGAACAUUGCACCUGAGUACAAAUACUACUUUGACACAUUCACGGCGCUCAACUUUGCUGCCAAGUCAAAACUCAUAGUGAACCGACCCUUUGUCAGGGAGACAGUGUCCAGUAGUGUCCCAGGGAAGAGGCCCAGAGAUGAGCAGGGAUCUGUAGGCACAGCUGAGCCCCACCAUAAGAAAGUGAAGGGUGGACACAAAGAGGGACAGGAGGGAAGUCGUCCAAGCAGGUUUGUGUGUCUCCAAUGCCCUGUGACCCACUGUGGUAGUGCUUAUUUUGGUGGUAACCCUCUUGCUCUCAGCCCCCCUGUGUCUUCGGUGCUGGAUCGCCUGCUGGCCUUGGAGAAGCUAAUGAUGGGCACUCCUGAGCGGGAAAGACUCAACCUCCUUAAGACGGUUGCUGAGUCCCGCAAAGAGAUCCAGGAGCUGAAGGAGAAGCAAAAGGAGCUGGAAUCCAGGGCACUGCAGGUGAGGGAGGCCAACAGCAUUGCAGGGCCACAGCCACAGGACCCAGCGCUCAAGAACAGCCUCCCCCAACUCCACAGGAAGCAGUCUACUGCAGCCAGGCCCAAGAAACAACAGGCUGUGGUGUCCCCCCUGCUGGUGUCCCAGGAGCUUGCUGCGGUGAAGAAGCCGGUACUCUGCUCGACUGUCAAGAGUAAACAGAAUGGCGAGGCCUUGGGUGGCAAGGAGAACGUGGCUGGGGAUGAGUGCGCUUUGGGUCGCGACUGGGAGUCCCGGCUGGAACCAGCGGUCCUGGAAAAGUCUCGACAGCACAUCCUGGAGGUGCUUAACAGUGGUUCUCUGAAGGAGCUCAAAGCCCUGCAGCUCAUCGGAGACAAGAAGGCCAAGCUGAUCAUGGGCUGGAGGGAGGUUCACGGCAGCUUCUCUCAGGUGGAAGACUUGAAAAACAUAGAGGGAAUUACAGUGAAGCGUUUUUCCUCCUUCCUCAAGGCCAAUGUACUCUCCACAAUUGGAAGAUAGAGGUGUGUGUGUGUGUGUGUGUGUGUGUGUGUGUGUGUGUGUGUGUGUGCAUGAGACAAUGUGUGCCCUUUCUUAAUACUGAACUGUUCCAACAUUUUAACCAUUUUAUUAAUGCCCUGUUCUUCAUCUUGCUCAUCUGAGAUGAAACUGUGUUUUUACAAUGGAUGUUACUUGAGUUUUCUUGUGUAUUUAUUUCUUCAGUUCAUGUGUACAUAUGCCAGUAGCGGGAGAUGC